AUGGAGUCCAGCGGUACCUCCAGCUCCGAUGAAGAAGUCAGGUUGCUGUCUGCUGGCAGCAAACUGCCCGCUCGAGCCACCACCGGUGUAUCGCGGGUCAAGACUUGGACCACGCGAGUCACUAUCGCCACGUUCUUCCUGGUCGUCGGAAUAGAGUAUAGCGUCAUCUUCCCGACUCUGUGGGACUACCUGCGAGGGAAGGGCGGCGAGGAGUGGAUGUACGGUCUUUCUCUGGCCGCCUUCAGCAUCUCUAACCUGGUCACGGGUCCGCUGUACGGUGUAGUCUUCGACAUGACUCAUCAAACUAAGCUGAUAGUGCUCGUAGCCACCCUCUUCGAGAUUGGAGGUCUGGGUGCGGGGGCUGGUGCCACUCUCUAUGGGGAGCUGGCCAGAAUAUCUACCAAGGAAGAGAGGACCAAAGUCUUCGCGAUAUUCUCCACCUUCAGACAGAUUGGAUUGAUAUUUGGUCCAGCCUUUAAUCUUGUACUGCGUCUACUGCAUGUGGAUAUGGGACCGUUUGUCCUCGACAGACUAACAGCUCCGGGGGCACUUAUGACAGUCAUCUGGGUCGUCAUAGAGAUAAUGUUUCUGUUCAUGUUCUACCAGCUGCCAUCAGCUAUCGAGCCUAUGGUGGUUGAGAACAGCAGUGUUAAUGGAGAUCGUAACAGAAACACUUCAUCCCAUCAAACUUCCAGCAGAGAUAAAGAAGAAAGUGGAAAAGCAGGGCUGUUAGUGACACUCGGACCGAAACCAACUGACAAGAAGAAAAGUCUUGCAAAGAGUGCAGUUCGGUUGAGUUCAAACGCCGGGGAAUCCAGCCCGCUACUGAGGGAUCCUCAAAAAACGCCAAACUACUCUGUCAACAGAGGUGGCUCAGUGGCUGGUGCAGGUAGAGAGGGACGGGCUAAGGGACCCAAAGGUAGAGCCUACGUCAAGUACGUGGUGUCGCAGAUGGUCAAAGAAGAGAUCGUGGUUCUUCUGUUUGUCCUGUUCAUCACCAUUUAUACCCAGAUGGUCUUGGAGACCAUGUUGGUUCCAAUAGCAGAGUCAAUACUGGACUGGACUGAGACAGAAGUCAGCAUAUUCUACAGCUGUGCCGGCAUCGAGCUCAUAGUGGCUAUAUUUGCCGUGUACAUCAUAAGCAUCUGGCUUGGAGACAGGUGGAUCAUGCUGUUAGGAUUGUUUCUUAGUCUUGUAUCAUUUGUAUGGCUGUUGGGAUUCACGGGCUCAGGAAGAAAAGUUUCAGGAGUGGAGUGGAAGUUUGUGCUGGGGUGUGUUCCGUUGAUUUUUGGACUUCCACUCAACUUGGUGGCGGGGGCAUCUCUUUACUCCAAACUCCUCCCCAUGCCUGUCCAGGGUAUUGGACAAGGUUUCCGACGGUCUAUGUUCUCAGUUGCUGCCAUCCUAGGACCUCUUUGGGCAGGUAGUGCUCUCGCCUUCCGGACCUACUACGUGCUACUAGGUGUUCCUGUCGCACUGCUUGCCUUUGUAAUGGUCCUCGUCUUCCUAUCAUUUGUGAGACUAAAGGAGCCUAGGAGAGGAAGAAAUAUUCUCUUUCCAUAGUACUAUUGUGUGUGUGUCUAUUAAAAGUAACAUGUUAUGUCAUUCUGUCACUGUGUCCAUCCUAUUUAUAGGCUAUUUUUAGUAACAUGUGCAGCGUUAAUAAUAUUAAUCUCUGCGCAAAAGUGGCCAGAAAUUCUCCCUUAUCGAGUCAUAAUAUCUUUUCUGACUUAUGUAGAUUGAAACCGUGUUUUGUGUGAUCCGUUUCGUAUAGUCCAGCU